UCCCCUUGUUCUCUGUCUUUCGAGUUUUAGACACCGUAAGGCGAAAGAGAUGGAACCACCGGCCACCGCCUCCAACCGCUCCUCCAGACGCCUUCUCUUUGACCGACGUUACGGCUGGGUGGUCGACGACUGGAAGGACCCAUCGGAAGAAGCUCUCGCCGGCGGCCGAGGAAUGUUUUGUGUAGUUCCCUUGACGAAAACUCUGUUUCAGACAGCUUCACAAUCAAUUAGCUCGGCUGUAAAUUUUCUGGAUAUGAAGCUUCAGAAUUUGAAAAAUCCUAUGCACAACCCAAAAUCUAGUUUUGUAGACACUAGUGCAGAUUCAAGGUCAGAAUGAGAUGUGUUGGAUUGACAUGUACUUGUGUUUAUUGUUGGAUUAUACGGCUAGAUCUCAUCUUUGUACCUUUUUUUUUUUUUUUUUGCUUGUGUUCGUCACUUAUAUGAAUAUUCCUUCCCUUGUGAAUCCUAAAGUUUUGUGUGUAAUGAUUUAGAAGCAUAUGUAUAAUCUAAUUUCUUUAUCUGUA